AUGGCUGACGUCAAGAAGCAUUGCAUGGAAACACUGAAAACUGUACAAGUCGGCAAGACUCCGGAACAGGUUCAGAAUGGAAAAGACUUCUACAAGUACCUGUUCACCCACCAUCCCGAUGUGCGCAAAUACUUCAAGGGGGCUGAGAGCUUCACUGCUGAUGACGUUCAGAAGAGCGACCGGUUCGAGAAACUCGGAACUGGACUGCUUUUGUCUGUGCACAUCCUUGCAAACACCUACGAUAACGAGAUGGUAUUCCGCGCGUUCUGUCGCGAGACCAUCGACAGGCAUGUUGGUCGAGGCCUCGACCCCUCCUUGUGGAAGGUUUGUAAAUGUCACACAGUUUUUCUCAGUAAUAAGGAAAUUUGA